AUGUCGAAGUUGAUUGUUGUGGUAGGCCUUAGAGGGAACCAGGCAAGAAACCAUCGCCACUUGGUUGACCAAAUUUUAACACACACUCAUAUUCAGGGCGGCUCUGUUGCCAACGUUUUUCUGAAAGAAGACGGCUGGAAGGUUCGGGGAAUUACUCGCAAUGUCGCAAAGGCAGCAGACUGGGAGGCCAAAGGAGUUGAAGUAGUGGAGGCCAACCUGGACGAUAAAGCUUCGCUGGUCAAGGCAUUCAAAGGCGCAUACGCCAUUUUCGGAACAACUGAUUUCUGGGGCACAAUUUUCGAUCCCGCCACUAAAUCCAAGCUUGGAGAGGGACAGCCUCUUAACGAGUAUGUUUUCUACUAUGAGCAACAACAGGCAAGAAAUAUUGCGGAUGCGGCCGCGGAGACGGGCGGCCUACAGAGAUUCAUCUUGAGCGCACUUUGCAAUGCCAGUUAUUGGACUAAUGGACGACUCUCGCAUAUUUAUCAUUUCGAUAGCAAGGCUCUGGUCGUAGAGCAUAUCAAAACGAAUAUGCCUGAUUUGGCUGCCAAGAUGUCUGUUGUCCAGAUCGGGUCUUAUAUGAUGAACUGGGGAGCUGGAAUAUUGCCAAGGAAGCAAUCAGAUGGUUCAUAUCGCCUUGCUUUAGUUGGAAAGGGGGAGACCCCAGUCCCUCAGCUUUUCACUACCAAGGAUACUGGCUACUUGGUUCGUGCUCUGUUGGAAGUUGCACCAGGAAAGAAUCUACUUGGGGCUGGUAGUAUGCUCAGCUGGAAAGAGUCCUUGAGAGUGUGGUGCGAGACCCAGGAUGUACCAUACGGCGGAUAUGACGAGCUUUCAAUUGAGGAAUGGGUCAAGAAUGCCCCGUUCGACCAUGCGCUUGCCCUUGAGUUUGCGGAGAUGUUUGCCCUUAUGGACGAUCCCGGCUAUGCCGGCGGUGAUCCUUCUGUCGUUCUUCCACACCAUGUCAGUCUCAAAUCUCGUCUUAGGCAAGCAUGA